AUGGAGUCGACGAAAGUGCCAUUCUCGUACAAGCGGGCCAAACCACUGGACUUGUCGUUCGAAGACCUGGAGUCGCUGGAGCCCAGCUCGAUGCGCGUGCUCACCACGGGCUUCGUCAGCUCGUAUCGGAUGCUCGGCGUGCCGGCCAAGCGCGACGGCAAGUACAAGACGGCGUCGAUGUUGCUCAGCCACAACCGGCUGACCGGCGGCCUGGACGACAUCCGGCUGCUGGUCGACAAGCUGUUCCGGCAGCCGGACGCCCUCUGCUGGCUGGACCUGUCUCACAACCGGUUGACCGACGUGUCGGACGCGCUGUUCGGGUUUCCGAACCUGAGCACGCUGUACUUGCACCACAACCUGUUGGCCACCAUGUGCGUCUUGACCCGGAUCAACCAGGUGCCGCAGCUCAGAUCGCUGACGCUGCAGAACAACCCGUUGGCCGAGUACCGCGGUUACCGGACCGUGGUGCUGGCCGUGUUGCAGAAGAUCACCCGCCUAGAUUUCGUCAUCGUGACGGACAGCGAGAGGCGUCUGUUGCCGCCCAUACCUUUGCAGAGUUUCAUUAAGAACUAUUUAACGCGCACUAAUUGA